CUCGCCCGCACCCCUUGAAAAUAUGGGUGAUCGCUCAUCUGGGAAUCAAGUUCCCGUCUCAGCUGUUCGGAUUCCCGUCUCCAGUAUUCGACCGGCCCCAAGAUCAAUUGGAGGAUCGCCCAACGUUAACUUUACACGGUCACCGAUGGUGAAUCCCGUCUACCUUGUACCAAGAUCGGGGCUGACUAAUUCACCCAACGUAAUGCAUGUCCGCAGUGCUGGGUCUGGUCAAACCGUCUCACCUGCUAACGGAAUACUGACGAACACACCCAUUUUGCCGCGCGUAGCGUCGACGCAGUCAUUAGCAUCAGGUGCGGGAAAACUGGUUGGCUUUCUAAACCAGUUACUGGAAUUAUCGAAAACCGUUGCGGCGGACACACAUUCGGCGGUUCUCCGGUUGAUCCAAGCACUCGUGAACGCCGAACUGGAUGCCACCUCAUUCUGUACACAGCUGCGCGUCAAUUUGAAGAGUGCGAAUACUUCCACAGACAUUGGGCCAUUUAUCAAGGACAACAUAGACGCACUUCGCAGGGACCUAGCUAACGGAGUAUGCCGUUUGCCAAACAUUAUUCCCCCUUCCGCACCAUUGUCAAAAGACACAUGUGGUUCCUCCGCUCCUCCAAUGACAACGGGUGGUUUAUCUACCCCAAAUCCUGGAACAGUUACAGUGCAAGUUCGACCAAAUGCCAGCGUCUCUGUUCCUGGUGGUUCUGUUUCUCAACCAGCCGUCACGCGCUUGUCUACCCCAAGUGGUACUCAACCACGCAUCGUAGGUACCCUCUUAAGCUCUGUCCCUACACCCGUGACUUAUGCUGGUACUGUACCUUCAACCAUCCAAUCCGCACGUGCUCCACACACCCAACCUCCAUUACUGGCCCCAGCUCCUCCUCGUUCGUCUUUCUCCCCGUUGGCCUUAUCUACGACCCAGCUAUCCACGACGAGCAUAGGACCACUUCCAAAGUAUCGGCUAACGCAACCACUGAGUACAGUUGUCUCUUCCUCAACGUCAAACACAGUUACUCCAAACUCAUCCCUCCCAACAGUGGCCACCACGAGACUCACGGCAGCUGCCACAUCUAUCCGAACAUCCUAUCCCACUCUCAGACCAGUUUUGGCCCCUUCUCCUUCCAUUUCCUCAUCCACUACUGUGAAUUUAACCCCUUUAAAAACUGCAUCCAGUGUGCCUUCCAUGGUACGACCGAAGUUGGGCAUUCCAAGUGGUCCUACCUCUAUGAAUUCCAAUGCCUUAUCUGUGAGCCGAACAACUUCACAGUUGUCCGGCCUUUCAUCUUCCCUUUUCGACAGAACCAGCAGCUUAGAACGAAAACAAGACUUGAAUGGCGAUGAAGUUAGAACUUCCACCAGUUUGUUGUCUCCUUCCAAAGAUCAACCUUUUUUCCCUCCACAUCAAAUUCGGACUGUAUUAGGUAAUCACGACCCGUCAUUAUCUUUGACUGAGGAUGCGGUUGUAUGUUUAUCACAUGGGUUACAAGCACUUGCUCGAUCUCUCCUCACCCGACUUAGCGCAGUCGUUUCACAUCGAUUAGAACGUCUGCCUGAUGACCCACGGCUGGUUCAAAGCGACUGCACGCGCGAGCAACUUCGGUUUCUGCAGAAACUUGAUGAGCAUGAUAGAAUGCGCCAGUCGGAGUUGGAAAAGGACUUUAUACUUAAAGCUGCCAAGUCACGAUCUCGGAAUGAAGACCCUGACCAGAUUCGCAUGCGCGAAAUGGCACGCCGAAUCGCCACGGAGGACUACGAACGCGAAAAACAACAUCAAGCUAAUCUCACUGCGUUGCAUGCAAUCGGACCGCAACGUAAACGUCGUUUCGAUGUCAUGGACGACGUUAGCGGUUCUGCUAUAACCGACCCCUCCACCGGACAGGACAACGUGAGCACCAGCUCCAGUCAAACUAGACUAUCUCUGCUUAGUGCGAACCGUCUAGGUGUGAUCAACCCGACAAGCGGAAUUUACGUUGCCCAAGCCAGUUCGGAAGUCCCACAGCCCAACGUCUUCCCUGCAACAUCCUUGAGCAAUCUAUCCUACGCACUGUCCUCAGAACCACCCUCUGGUGGCUAUUCCCUUGCACAGUCCUCUAGAAUUCACCGUGCCACCAUCAAAGACAUACAGCUUGUGUUGUCACGGACACCCAAACUUCGACGUAGCCUCACCUACUAUCGGACGCACUGGCAUUCGUGACUUCCCUUUCAGCGGAUGCGGGCUAUUCGCGCUUUCACACAUUUAAGCUUUCAGUCCUUACUCAUUUGCAAACCGGAAGAUACAUAGUCUAUGGGUUUCAUCACAACAGGAUGCUUCCUACGUCGCCACCACCUGCAAAACCAUCACUGUCUUAGUGAUUCGAAAUCGCUUGCUCAUUCCACUCACAUAUUCUUGUAUAUAUCGUAGGGCGCUUAAUGCCACAGAGAUUUUGUCCAAAUGUGCACACCCCCUGAUCUAUUUUUUGAUACUUUCUGAUGUUUCAGCUUCACCCCCUUCCUCCUUUGUACAUAUCUUAGGUAAAGGAUUUGAUUGAACCCCAAAUUCGUAUGCUAUGUACUGGUUUGUUCCAGAUUUUCUGACCAGGUUCAGUAAAAGAAUCUCCAGGGAUAAAAAUGGUUUGUAUAAAGUGCUGCUUCCACUAAACCACUUUUUACUUUGAGUUGUUUGGAGUUCCAGUCCACCGUGUAAG